UAAAAUCCGACGCUGAUUGGCUCUUGAAAAGUCAUUUAAGGAAGUAGUUCGUUGAAAUAGAUUCGCCGACCGAAAAUCCACAUGAUGUCGGCACCUGAACUUCUAUCUAGUGCUCUCAUGGCUGCCAGGAGAAUUGUGGUCUUCCCCUCCUCUGUGGAGCUCGGCCCGGUGCUGGCCCAUUUGGUGACCUCUCGAGCUGAGAAGGCCAUCACCUCCCGUGGCAGGUUCACUCUGGGACUGUCUGGCGGAAGCUUAGUCUCCAUGCUCGGCAAAGAGCUGCUUGCCCUGCCAGAGCUGGACUGCAGCAAGUGGGUGGUUGGUUUUUGUGAUGAGAGAUUGGUUCCCUUUGAUGAUCCCGAGAGCACAUAUGGUUUAUACAAGAGUAAAUUAUUUUCCAAGGUCAACAUCCCUGACAGUCGGAUUUUAACCAUUGAUUCAACUCUGCCUGUCAGUGAGUGUGCAGAGGACUAUACCCACAAACUGAAGGAGGCCUUCCCAGAUGACGACUUCCCUGUGUUUGACUUGUUACUGCUGGGCAUGGGGCCUGAUGGACACACCUGUUCUCUCUUCCCAGACCACCCUCUCUUGGAGGAAACCAAGAAGAUUGUGGCCCCAAUCAGUGACUCUCCCAAACCACCACCACAGCGUGUAACUAUGACUUUUCCAGUGGUGAACUCUGCACGCUGUGUGACUUUUGUAUCAACAGGAGGAAGUAAAGCACCCAUUUUGAAGGAAGUGCUAGAGGGCAGAGAGGGUCCAGCCUUUCCAGCAGCCCGUGUUGUCCCAACCAAUGGUGAGCUGUUCUGGCUUGUUGAUGACCCUGCAGCUGCCUCCUUAACUAUUCCAGUAGAGAGGCCAGGCUCAGGAGCCAAACUGUAGAGCCUUUCCAACAAUGAUGUGAAUAUAAAUGAAUUGACUUGAAAUGGUGCAGAACAAUCCCACUCUCACAUCCCAACAAAGUGUUUAAUUAGUUUACACAUCAGUUGAGAGAGGGUACGGGGACCAAACAAUUCACAACAUGGUUGAAAUUUCCAUCUAAAUGUGUGUGCAUGUGUGUUCAUUGUUCAUGUGAGGAGGUACAUCAGAGGUUAAGCACUAUUUAAGUUUUAAAGUCACCUUACACAACACGUAUUGCUUACUAUCGGUAUUGUAACUAGUCUUAGUACAACAAGAAUGCUGUAGACAUUUGCAGUGUGCACAAUAAACGUUUCAGUGGGACCUGUCUUGCAACCAUCAAGCAUUUUAAAUAAAAAGACAGCUGGAAAAACAACAUCAGAUAAAACUAUUAUUUAAAGCAGAAGUCUUGUCAGACGAUGUCAGGCACGCAGGUACGAUUUUAGUAAACUGGAUAUUCAUAACACAUUUAUCCAUUCACAUGACACCGUCAUUAACAUUACAGUAAAGUAACAAUAUGCUCAUAGUCUUGUAAAAGGGAAGUAAUAUGGUAAUUCCACCUUAUUUCUAUAGGAAUCACCAAGUUAAUAUGUCAAUUAUUCAUUUUGAUCCGCACACCUUUUCAUGUGAUUGCAUUGCAGUGAUUGUAAUUCUCAUUACCAAGCUAUAUCAUUGGAUAGUCCUUUUCAGGUAUUACCAUGUUGUUACUGUACUGUAAGGUAUGGUAUUAUGCUUAGCUCAUUAGAGGCGUGUUUCCGUCCCUCAAACAUACAAUAAACUUUGUUAUAAGCAAUUAAAGGUAAUAAAAUGCCAAUGAAACAUUA